AAGGUGUGGCCGUUAAUGCCCUGCCUGUGCCGAUGGAUUGAGAUGUUACUAGAUGCCCCCUUCCUGUCUCGCCCCCAUCCCAGUCUCCUGUACCUACCACCACCCCGACCUCAGAUGAGUCAGUGUAACCCAGCAUCACCACUACCACCUCCUCCCAGGCCUCCAGUGUGUACCGUCUUCCCGACUCUGUUCAUGAAGCCUGGAGAUGAGAAUUCAAGAGACUAUCCUGACUUGGCAGAAGAAGCAGGCCGGAAGGCUUUAGCUGAUGCACAGAUCCCUUAUUCAGCAGUGGAACAGGCAUGUGUUGGCUACGUUUUUGGUGACUCUACCUGUGGGCAGAGGGCUAUCUAUCACAGUUUGGGACUGACUGGAAUUCCUAUAAUCAAUGUCAACAACAACUGUUCUACUGGUUCUACUGCUUUGUUUCUGGCCCGGCAGCUGAUUCAGGGUGGUAUGGCAGAUUGUGUCUUGGCUCUUGGGUUUGAGAAGAUGGAGAAGGGAUCCCUUGGAACAAAAUUUGCAGAUAGGACCAAUCCAAUCGAUAAACAUCUUGAGGUCCUGGCCAAUAAGUAUGGAUUGUCUGCACAACCAGUUAUUCCUCAGAUGUUUGGGUGUGCUGGAAAAGAGCACAUGGAAAAAUAUGGAACAAAAGUUGAACACUUUGCAAAAAUUGGAUGGAAAAAUCAUAAGCAUUCAGUUAAUAACCCGUAUUCCCAGUUCCAAGAGGAAUACAGUUUAGACGAUGUGAUGACAUCUCGAAAAGUUUUUGAUUUUUUGACGAUCUUACAGUGUUGUCCCUCUUCCAACGGUGCUGCAGCGGCAGUUUUGGCUAGUGAAGCGUUUGUGCAGAAGUACGGCCUGCAAUCCAAAGCUGUGGAAAUUCUGGCGCAAGAGAUGGUGACUGAUUUGCCAAGCUCAUUUGAAGAAAAAAGCAUUAUUAAAAUGGUUGGCUUUGAUAUGAGUAAAGAAGCUGCCAGAAAGUGCUAUGAGAAAUCUGGCCUGAGACCAAGUGAUAUUGAUGUAAUAGAACUUCACGAUUGCUUUUCUACCAAUGAACUCAUUACUUAUGAAGCACUGGGACUCUGUCCAGAAGGACAAGGUGGAAAACUGGUUGAUAGAGGCGAUAAUACUUAUGGAGGAAAGUGGGUCAUAAAUCCUAGCGGUGGGUUGAUUUCCAAGGGACACCCACUAGGAGCUACAGGUCUGGCUCAGUGCGCUGAACUCUGCUGGCAGCUGAGAGGGGAAGCCGGAAAAAGGCAAGUUCCUGGUGCAAAGGUUGCUCUGCAGCAUAAUUUAGGCCUUGGAGGAGCUGCAGUUGUCACGCUCUACAGGAUGGGUUUUCCUGAAGCUGCCAGUUAUUUUGGAACUCAUCAAAUUGAGGCUGCACCAACCAGCUCUGCAGUCGAUGGAUUUAAGGCCAAUCUUGUCUUUAAGGAGAUUGAGAAGAAGCUUGAAGAGGAAGGGGAACAAUUUGUGAAGAAAAUCGGUGGUAUUUUUGCCUUCAAGGUGAAGGAUGGCCCCGGGGGUAAAGAAGCCACCUGGGUGGUGGAUGUGAAGAACGGCAAAGGAUCAGUGCUUCCUAACUCAGAUAAGAAGGCCGACUGCACAAUCACAAUGGCCGACUCGGACUUACUGGCUUUAAUGACGGGUAAAAUGAAUCCUCAGUCGGCCUUCUUUCAAGGCAAAUUGAAAAUCACUGGCAACAUGGGUCUGGCUAUGAAGUUACAAAAUCUUCAGCUUCAGCCAGGCAAAGCUAAGCUGUGAAGAACUCCCUUUGCCUACCUUUGAAAAUCAAGACAUCCAUACAUUUCCUUGUCAGAACUUAGACUGAAACUACACAUUGGCAAAUAGCGUGAGAUUUGUUUUUAAAUGGGUGUGACCAAUCCUACUUUUCCUAAGCGCUAGGUGAAUAGAGCCUAAUGGUGUACUACUGCAUUGCUGAAUUGCAUACAACUGUGCAUUACAAAGUUAAUAUGGUAAUUAUGGUUUGGGGUAAAAUUAAGUUUCAGAAUAAAAUUAAGAACAGCAAAAUCCAAAAACUAUGUAAACAAAGCUCUCGUUUUGCUUGUAAAGUAUAUUUAAGGAUUAUUCUGCUGAAGAUUCCAUUUAAGUUUUCCUUGGGAUAACUACGGAAGAAAUAGAAUACCAGUAGCUGGCCAGUAAUUAGUGUUGUACACUUAAUGACCUUAAUCUAUUCUCCAUUAGUAGUUUUUAAAAUUCUGUACCGGGAUUUUUUUUUUUUAAACAAGCUUUUAAAUUUUUCAUUUCAUGCCAUCAAAAUGGUAUUUUCUGCUCAGAUCAAAAUAAGAAAUAUGAUGAGAGCUUGGGGGAAAAAAAUCUAUAGCUGAACAGAGGCCUAUUUUUAAAAUAAAAAUAUUUUUAAAUGACUGUCCUUCUUGAAAAAUCAAUGUAUUAGAGUCAUGAAAUGCUGUUGGUAAAAAUAACUGAACAAAUGAAGUUUGAGAUGCACAGUUUUCAAAUUAUAAUCUCAAUUUAAUUAAAUUUAUAAAGCUAUCAAUCCUUUCUUAUAAUCAUCUUUUUUCACGUAAGUUUAGUUUGAUUUCCACAUUUAAUUUUAUCUUUCUUCCUAGUUUUUCUAAUGCUAAUGUUGUUUCUUAUAACCCAGUAAGAUAUAGGGUAAAAAUAAUGCUUUUGGAAGAAUGUUUAAUAGAAAAUUAAAAUAGCUCUUCCAGAUUG